AUGCUAAACUCGAGGAGCGGCAGCGUCACAAAACUCCUGCUCCUCCUCACCACCGCGACGGCCUUCGAGUACGACGGCUUCGCGCCGCUGCACGACUCGAAGACCUGCGCGAGCGACGCGCACCUCAACCCCUGGAACGAGAAGCUCGUGGGCGUGAACCUCGGGUCCCUCUUCGUGCUCGAGCCCUGGAUCACGCCGAGCCUCUUCUACCAGUUCCUCGGCGGCAAGAGCACCACGACGGCCAUGGACACGCACAGCUUCUGCGAGGUUUUAGGCGGCGACGAGGCGAACGCGCAGCUCCGGCGCCACUGGGACCACUGGGUCACCGACGACGUCGUCGCGCGCCUCGCGGCGACGGGCGUCAACUCGCUGCGCCUGCCCGUGGGCGACUACCAGUUCGCGCCCUACGGGCCCUACAAGACGUGCUUCAAGGGCUCCCUCAAGCGCGUCGACGCCGUGCUCGACAUGGCGCACCGGCACAACCUCAGCGUGCUCCUGGACGUCCACGCGGUCAGGGGGUCGCAGAACGGCUUCGACAACGGAGGAGAGACCGUGGGCCUCGCGUGGACGUCGACGGUGCGCGACCUCGGCACCGACGCGAUCACGUUCGAGCACUGGCCGCGGCGGAGCGCGGCCUGGAUGGGAAACUGGAACAAGCACACGGGCUUGUACGACUCCAUCGACUACGCGAAUCUGAACUUCACGCUCGACGUCCUGGGCCGCAUCGCGGACCGCUACGCGGACCACCCGGCGGUUCUGGGCAUCGAGCCGGUGAACGAGCCCUGGAACUGGUCGCCGCUGGACAUCUUGAAGGACUUUUACUGGCGGGGCUAUCUGACCAUCAAGCGGCGCGCGCCGAAGUGGCGCUACGUGAUCCACGACUCGUUCCGGUUCACGGCCGACGCGUGGGGCGGCUUCAUGCGCGGCUGCCCGGACAUCGCCAUCGACACGCACAUCUACCAGGCGUGGAUGGACCCGGGCCCGCGGCUCAAGUUCUACGUCGACGCCUGCCAGCAGAAGGCGAAGAUCGCCGAGCUGGAGCGGGCGUUCGGCCCCGUGAUCGUCGGCGAGUGGUCGCUCGCGACGGACAACUGCGCGAUGUGGCUCAACGGCUUCAACGACAACCUGCCGGGCUACCCGAAGCUGCCCUGCAAGUACGUGCCCUGCGCCGAGCCCUACAUGGGCAAGGGCCAGCCGCGCGCGCCGCCGGACCGGAGCAAGCCGCUCCAGGGCCCGUUCGGCACGGGCGUGUCCGGCCCGAUCUACGGCCAGUGCCCCAACCCGCAGUUCGACGACACGGACGCGGUCAUGACGGCCCUGGCGUCGAAGAAGCUGCUGGCCUUCAAGGAGGUGGCCCACGGCUUCUAUUUCUGGAAUUUCCGCAACGAGCUCGAGCCGUCGUGGUCCUGGCUGGCCGCGCGCGACGCGGGGUGGCUCGCGGCGCUCGACGAUUCGCGCGCGCUGCUCGAGGCCUGCGCGUCGGAGGACGCGGGGGCCGACGUCUACGCCUGCGUGGCCAAGAACGACCUGCCGGACCAGACCUACCGCGACGGCAUGGCCUACUGCGUGGGCUACGACGAGGCGGCGGUCGCGUCGUUCAAAGCGCUCCACAACGACACGCUGAGGGACCGCGCGACGGAGGUCUUCGCGGCGUACUGGGGCGCCCACUUCGCGACGGGCGCGACCUGCGACUUCGGCGGCGCCGCGAAGCUCGUGCUGCGGCCCGAGGGGGCCGGCGCGCCGCCGGCGACGCCGCCGCCGGCGCUCCGCGUCGCGCCGCCGCGGCCCGCGCUGCCGCGCGUCAUCGCCGCGGUCGCCGUGUGCUCGUUGGCGCUCUGCGCGGCGGCGCUCUUCUCGUCCCUCGUCUCCCAGGUCGUGUCGCGGCGCUCGUCCUUCCGCGGCGGCGUCGGCGAGACGUCCUUCAGCGAGCUCCGGCGCGCCGCGGACGGCGACGACGACGGCCCGCCGGGGCUCGUCGUCGAGGACAAGGCCGCCGGCGGCGGGUCGCGCUACGUCUUCCAGGGGUAA